UCCGUUAUUGUGAAAAACGGAAACCAAGCACAUGGGUCCAUUACCGGAACGACAAACGUGGCCUAGACCGACUUCUCCCUUCUUCCUCGAUCCUUAUACAGUUCGGAAUACCCAUUACUGCCAAAUCCUUAUUACGCCACACCCACCUUCUGCUUCGAACAAGGUCUUGCUCCAGAGUCUGAAAAUCCUGAUAUGAAUUCCAAUUUUUGAAUCUGGAUACUCCCCUCCCUACACAUAUAAGGAAGAUGCUCUCGAAGUUUCCCGUCACCCACUUGAAAUUAACACCCAAUUCUUCAAUUCCGUACAGAGGAGGUUUUUGUAAGUUUGGAUACUCUUGUCGGGGUUCUAGAGAUGAGAAGUUAAGGUUCAAGUUUGUGGUUCAGUCUCUUGGGGAUAAAUGGAAGCUCAGUGACAUUGAUACUAAUGCAGUGCAAGAAAAAUUGAGUUCAUGGCUGUCUAAAACCCAGCAUAUCUUGAAUGAGGUGACUUCGCCCCACAAAAACAAAAAACCUGAUCCUGAAGAUGUGGUUGAUGCUCAAGAGAUGGAGGAAAUAUUUUUGGUGGAGCAGACUAUUCAUAGUAGGACCCCUAAUGGAAUUCUUUCAUUAGCUGCUAUUGUGUCAAUCGAGCAAUUUAGCAGGAUGAAUGGUUUGACAGGGCAGAAAAUGCAAAAGAUAUUCAACGCACUUGUCCCUGAACCUCUGUGCAAGGAUGCUCGAAAUUUGGUGGAGUACUGUUGCUUUAGGUUCUUAUCAAGGCAUAGCUCUGGUAUCCAUCCCUGCCUCAAGGAACCUGCAUUUCAGAGGCUAAUCUUCAUCACAAUGCUUGCUUGGGGGGAUCCCUAUUGUGCAGAAAAUAAUUCAAAUGCCAAUGAUCCAGACAAAGCUUCUCUUCAGGGGAAGCUUGUACUAGAAGAGGCUUUUGUUCGCAUUGCUCCAGCUGUAUCAGGUGUGGCUGAUCGAUCGACAGUACAUAAUCUUUUCAAGGCUCUUGCUGGUGAUGAACAGGGCAUCUCCGUAAAUUCAUGGCUGACCUAUGUUGAUGAACUUCUCAAGGUGCAUGAAGGAAGGAAGUCUUACCAGAUUCGUGAGUUCCCUCAGCUAACAAAUGAGAAAGUCUUAUGCAUCGCCUCUAGCAGGAAGCGACCAGUUCUUAAAUGGGAGAAUAACAUGGCAUGGCCUGGGAAACUUAUGUUGACUGAAAAAGCACUCUAUUUUGAGGCAGCCGAACUACUGGGGCGCAAAGAAGCUAUGCGACUUGAUCUUACAAGAGAUGGGUUACAGGUUGAGAAAACAAAAGUUGGACCUCUGGGUUCAGUUCUUUUUGACUCUGCAGUAUCUGUUUCAUCUGGGCUUGAGUCAGAGAAAUGGGUCCUAGAAUUUGUUGACUUUGGAGGUGACUUUAGACGAGAUGUUUGGCAUGCAUUCAUCAAUGAAGUUAUCUCUUUACAUAGCUUCAUACGUGAGUUUGGGCCUGAGGAUAGUGAUCAAUCAAUAUCUAUAGUGUAUGGUGCAGACAAAGGGAAGGAAAGGGCAACUACCAGUGGCAUCUGUAGUAUAGCAAGACUUCAGGCACUUCAGUUUAUGCGGAAGUUGUUGGAUGAUCCCAUAAAACUAGUUCAGUUCUCUUAUUUGCAAAUUGCACCUGAUGGCGAUGUUGUUUGCCAAGCUCUUGCUGUGAAUUAUUGGGGUGGACCAUUAGUUACAAAGCUCGCAGAUACAGGAGCAAGCCCUUCUGAUGAGGCAGUAGAGACUAGUAAUCAUGUGUUUGACUUAGACGGAAGUACUUACUUGCAGAAGUGGAUGAAGUCUCCUUCUUGGGCUUCUAAUGCUUCCAUUAAUUUUUGGAAGAAUUCUUCAGCAGGACAAGGGGUGGUACUGAGUAAAAAUCUUGUUGUUGCUGAUGCAACUCUGGUAGAGAGGGCUGCAGCAAUAAGCAAACAAAAAUUUCGUGUAGUCGAGAGAACUCAAGCAACAAUUGAUGCUGCAACACUGAAAGGAAUACCGAGUAACAUCGACCUUUUCAAGGAACUUAUACUUCCUUUGGCAAUAGUUACAAAGAAUUUUGAAAAGCUUAGACGCUGGGAGGAGCCACAUUUGACCAUCUCUUUUCUAGCCAUUUCCUACACAAUUAUAUUCAGAAAUUUGCUCCCGUAUGUGUUUCCUACAAUGAUGAUGAUUUUGGCAGCUGUAAUGCUAACACUAAAGGGCCUAAAGGAGCAAGGCCGCCUUGGAAGGUCUUUUGGAAAAGUUACCAUCCGUGAUCAGCCUCCAUCAAAUACUAUUCAAAAGAUAAUGGCUUUGAGAGAUGCCAUGGAUGAUAUGGAAAAUUAUCUCCAGAAUCUGAACGUCACACUUCUGAAAAUUCGUACCAUUGUUCUUUCGGGCCAACCCCAGAUAACAACCGAGGUUGCAAUGGUGUUAUUGUCUUGGGCUGCAAUUCUUCUCAUUAUCCCCUUCAAGUACGUUCUUGCCUUUCUUCUGAUUGAUCUCUUCACUCGGGAGCUCAGUUUCAGGAGGGAAAUGGUCAAGAGGUUCCGUACUUUCUUGAAGGAACGUUGGGACAUAAUACCAGCUACCCCAGUUAUAGUUUUACCUUACGAGUCCAAACCAGCCAAUCGAAUAAAGGAAACAGAACAAGCAAUAAGAAAGACGUUAAAGUUGCAGGAGAACUAGAUGGAUCGCCGUCUUUGACUAUACAGCUCAUUUCUCUUCUAAAAGUCUUCAACUCUUCAUCAAUACUGCGAAAUACGACAUUGAAAGGACCCAUGCGAAGAAUAUCAUUAGUAUUCUCCAUCUCAUCAGUAGAUUUUCACUUCUAUAAAUUGAGACACUGAGACAAUUCGAAAAAGAAGAGUUUUUCUGGAGAAAAAAAAAAAGAACAGAGAGAGGCAGAAAGUGAGGAAGUGUUAUUGGGUAGCUGAGAGGAAGUUAGAAUUACUAUACAAUGAGAUGUUCUUAUAAGUAUGUUAUAUUAUUUGUGUAAGCCUAUCAUGAGGAAUUAAUCCUCUUAUUAGGGUGACGAUGGAUCUACUCUAUUGUAUUUAAAUAAAUUUGGUUUGAUUAAUUGUUAGUUUAUUUAUGCUA